GUUUAUUAACCUUCCCGAUGCUCUCUCGCCUCUCAUCCCUCCUGCGCCGGUCCCAACACCUUUAUCUCCUUCGCCGCCGCCUCGCCGUCCACCCGUUCUCCCCGAUGUCGACCGAGUCCUCGGACUGGCCUGUAACCCCGGCGACCACCCGGGUCGGCUGGAUCGGGACCGGCGUUAUGGGCCAGUCCAUGGCUUCUCACCUCCUCUCGGCCGGCUACUCCCUCACCGUCUUUAACCGGACCGCCUCCAAGGCCCAGCCCCUCGUCGACCGUGGCGCCAGCCUCGCCGACUCCCCCCUCGCCGUCGCCCGCGCCAGCGACGUUGUCUUCCUCAUCGUCGGCUACCCCGCCGAUGUCCGCCGCGUCGCCCUCGACCCCGCCACCGGCGUCCUCCCGGGCCUCUCCCCGGGCUCCGUCAUUGUCGACAUGACCACCAGCGACCCCGUCCUCGCCGCCGAUAUCGCCUCCGCGGCCGCCUCCGCCGGCGGCGCGGCCGUCGACGCCCCUGUCUCGGGCGGCGACCGCGGGGCCCGGGCGGGCACGCUUUCGAUCUUCGCCGGCGGGGAGGAGGCGGUCGUCCGGCGGAUGGAGCCGCUGUUUCGGUGUAUGGGGACGGUGAGGUACAUGGGAGGGCCGGGUGCGGGGCAGCGGGCGAAGCUGGGGAACCAGAUAGCGAUCGCGUCGACGAUGAUGGGAUUGGUGGAGGGGAUGGUGUACGCCCACAAGGCCGGGCUCGACGUGGGCAAAUGGCUGGAGGCGAUAUCAACGGGGGCAGCGGGGUCGAAGUCGCUGGAGCUCUAUGGGAAGAGGAUUUUGGAGAGGGACAUGGAGGCGGGGUUCUACGUGCACCACUUCGUGAAAGACCUCGGCAUCUGUUUGAAGGAAUGCCAGAGCAUGGGUCUGGCGCUGCCGGGAUUGGCACUGGCGCAGCAGCUCUACGUAUCGCUGAUGGCCCAUGGAGAGGGGAGUUUGGGGACACAGGCGUUGAUUCUGGCCAUCGAGAGGCUCAACAAUACUUGCCUCAAGUGAGGGUCGGGGUCUGGUUGAGCUCUGGUACUGUCAAUCCUGCUUUUCUGAUAUUGAAUAAUUUAUGUUGGUUGGACUGGGGUUUGUAAGCUAAAAUGGGUCUGGAAUUUUAUAUGGUGUUGAUAAAAAAAUCAUGAUUCCUGUAUUGUCGUGUGAAAUACUAAUCGGAGUGCUUACUUUUGUUCUUCAAUUGUUUUUACCUGUUUCCUCUUUCAUACAUAUGUGGAUACGUUUAUCAGUUGGUCAAAGAUGGUUGAUUUUUGAAACGCAAGGAGCCUAAUGUAUCAAUUAAUGGCAAUUUC